AAAAAGCGUACCUUAAACAUAUGUUGAGAAAGUUGUUUGACACACAUUGUUUAUUAUACUUGGUUUAAAAGCGAGAAAGCGUCAGGUAUUUAUAAAUUGUUACCUAGUUAGACUGGUCAAGAUGAAAAAGCUCACUGCCGUCGACUUGACUAAACUUGUCAAAGAUUUUAUCCAACUGGAGCGUGUAAGGCUUAUAAAUGUGUAUUUAAGAUAUUAAAAUAAGCCUCGCGAAGAGUUAGGCGUUAUACAUGCCCAGUGAGUUUGCUAAUGUUCUGAGGUAAACUUUUUUUUUUGCAUGAUUAAGACAAUCACGGAGAUGAAAGGGGAAAAUAAUACUCUUGAAAUACAGCUGGACGAGACUAACAGACUUCUAAAAAUCGCACAGAACAAGGAGAAACAGUUAAUUGAAGAGAGAGAUGGACUUUUGGAAACUGUCAAAAGUCUACAACAAACCUUACAUCAACAGUGCGACCUCAGAGUUGAAAAUGAAAGGCUAAAAAAGGCAGCUGUUCAGAUGAAGAAAGAAAACGAAGCUCAAUCAAAGGAAAGCGAUGCUCGUCUUCAGAGGAUGGCAGCUGAAACGAAAGCCCUACAAGAUCAACACCAGAGGGAGUUAGAAGACUGUGAUAAAGAAACCAAAAGGCAACUGGACGCUAAAGAUACUGACCUGAAAGUGGCUCAUGAGAGAAACGAAUGUGCUUUGGAGGAGUUAAGGAGGCAGAUGAGAGAGAAGGAAAAAGAAAUGCAAAGCCAAAUCAUUAAACUUCAAAUGGAGUUUGGUGCUAAGCUUGCAAGGGCCCAGAGCAUAUCCACAAAGACUCAGCUGCAGACACCAGCAUCUGCUCCUCAUCCACAGAAUAUCUUUAAAAGGAAGCUCCAGUUCAUUCAGGAGGAGAAAAACAAAGAGAUUGAGGCUCUGCGUCAGAGGGUGAGAGAGCUGGAACAACAGAGCCUUCAUGGAUUCAUGGACUCUCGCCUGAAGAGGAGAAAAAACUGAGACUCGUUUUGACCUGAUACUUCUAGGUGACGAUGCUAUCCGCCAUGUUGUAUAAGAGAAUAUAAACAGAUGUUAUACACCAAAGAAAACAUCAGCC